AUGAAGAACCUGUCAAGUUCCACAGUCAUUGGAAAUAAGAGGAAGCUACCAUACUCAGCUAGCCAAGAUGGAAAUGUUGUUAAUACGACUAUUCGUAACACGGCGGAAGAUUAUAUGAUGGGCCAGACAUUUGAUAAUCGUAAUGAUAAAGGCACUACAUGCAACACUAAUUACAAACAACUAACAGGGAGUGAGCGUAGCCAAUCAUACUCCUUGGGCAUUUCUCGGCCAAAUAUUACUCAAGAAUCAGAUCCACAAGUUGUAAUUUGUCGAGAUUUAAGUCAAGAUUUUGAUGAAGUUAUGGAGAGUGAAGUUCAAUCUGUUCAAUAUGAUGAUUGUGGCGACCCUUCAUAUAGUUGUGAACAUUGUUCGGCAACAUUUUGGAAGAACAAUGACAAAGAUAGCAUUCAUGUUGAAGUUGUCUCUGAUAUUAAAAAAGUUUUGGACGAGAACAAUGUGUUAGUACAAUCCUUCCGCAAUGCAAAGACACAUAUUCAAGCAAAUCCACGGGUAGAAAUCAAGAUGAGACUAAUUGACAAACGUAACAAAGAUGCCCGAACAUAUAACCUCCCAACAGCGUCUGAGGUUGCAGCACUCAUUUUAGGAGACUUGGAACCAACAAUGGGUCAACGUGACAUAUUGGUCGAGACUAGAUCUGGUCUCUUGAAAAGGAUUAGUGAGUUGCACCCAUCGUACUUACCGUUGCAAUACCCACUCUUAUUUCCAUAUGGAGAAGAUGGUUAUAGAGAGGAUAUACAGCGAUGUAAAGAUUCCAACAACAAAUCUAACAGUAGGGUCCGCAUAACAGCGAGGGAAUUCUUCUCUUUUCGGAUGCAUGAACGACCCGGAGAGCUCUCGACUUUGUUAUUUUCCAAAAGGUUGUUUCAACAGUUCUUGGUAGACGCUUACACCAUGGUGGAAACUGGAAGGCUCAUAUACAUAAGGAACAAUCAAAAGUCAUUAAGAUGUGAAGCUUACAAAGGGUUGUCAGAUGCACUAACCCGUGGUGAGAUUGAUCCUAGCACACAAGGGAAGCGUAUUAUUCUACCAUCUAGCUUCACAGGCGGUGCUAAGUAUAUGGUUCAGAACUACCAGGAUGCUAUGGCCAUAUGUCGUUGGAUAGGUUAUCCAAAUCUAUUCAUCACAUUUACUUGCAAUCCUAAGUGGCCAGAAAUUGAACGGUACUUAGGUAAGCGUGAUUUGAAAGCUGAAGACAGGCCCGAUAUUGUUUGCCGAAUUUUUAAGAUGAAGUUGGAUGAUCUAAUAAAAGACCUUCGAACUGGAGAAUUGUUUGGUACAGUUAGAGCAGUCAUUUACACUAUUGAGUUCCAAAAGCGUGGUCUACCGCAUGCUCACAUUCUACUCUUCUUAGCAAACAAUGAUCGGAAUGCGGGGUGCAAUUUUAUUGACAAAAUGAUCGCAGCAGAAAUACCAGAUAAAGAAGUUGAUCAAGAGUACUACAAAUGUGUUGAAGAAUUUAUGGUCCAUGGUCCUUGUGGAAAUGUAAGAAAGCAAUCUCCGUGUAUGGUGAAUGGAAGGUGUUCAAAGCAUUUUCCAAAGAAGUUUGUUGACUCAUCGACUUUUGAUAAAGAUGGUUACCCAAUAUAUAGACGGAGAGAUGAUGGGAAUGACAGGGUCACAGCUGAGUUCUAUAAAAGUACCUCUGACAGUAAUAGGAAUGAAGUCAUUGAUGAGAUUAACAUGUAUUACGACUGUAGGUACAUAUCAGCUUGUGAGGCUACUUGGCGGCUAUUUAGCUUUGAGGUACAGUUUAGAACUCCAGCGGUGGAGAGAUUGAGCUUUCACCUACCAGACUGCCAAACAAUAAUUUUUGAAGAUGACGACCCAGUUGACAACGUAUUGAUGAGGGAGACAAUUGGUCAAAGUAUGUUUAAUGGUUGGUUUGAAGCAAACAAAAGGUUUCCCGAGGCUAAGUUAUUGACUUAUAUUGAGAUGCCAACUAAAUUUGUUUGGAAAAAGGAUAUUCGAGAAUGGAGUCCAAGAAAGAAAGGUUUUGUCAUAGGUCGUAUUUUCUAUGUACCACCGGGUACGGGGGAGUUGUACUACUUGAGAUGCCUUCUAAACAUAGUUCGCGGGCCUACAAGCUUUGAGGAAAUUCGGUUUUUUAAUGGUAUACAAUAUACUUCAUUUAGAGAUGCAUGUUAUGCCCGUGGUCUAUUGGAUGAUGAUAAGGAGUAUAUUGAUGCCAUUAAAGAAGCAAGUGAUUGGUCAUCUGCUCAUUCUAUGAGAAAACUUUUUGUGACAUUGUUGACAUCAAAUUCAUUUAAUAGGCCUGAAAUUGUUUGGAAGGAGGUGUUGGAUUACCUGUCUGAAGAUGUGCAAUACAAUCAACGCAUAUUCUUAUCAAUUCCAGAGCUGUCAUAUGAUCGUGUAGUUCUUGCAGAUGAAAGCGAUAGGUUUGUUAGCCAACUCACUGAAGAGCAACGUGGUGUUUACGAUACAAUAAUUGGAGACGUGUCAUCUAACAAAGGUGAAAUUGUUAUCAAUGUAGCUUCAAGUGGAAUUGCUUCACUAUUGUUGCCAGGUGGCAGGACGGCACACUCAAGGUUUGCUAUACUAAUUAACAUUAAUGAGGACUCCACCUGCAAUAUUAAACCCGAUAGCGACCUUGCUGAGUUGAUUUCAAAGGCAAAGUUAAUCAUUUGGGAUGAAGCUCCAAUGAUGCACAAACACUACUUUGAGGCACUAGACAGAACUAUGCGAGACUUGCUUCGUUUCACCAAUCCUGCAAGUGAGAGAUAUACGUUUGGUGGUAAGACUGUAGUACUUGGUGGUGAUUUUAGGCAGAUUUUACCAGUUAUACCGAAAGGCUCUAGGCAAGAUAUUGUUUCUUCAACCAUCAAUUCAUCAUACUUAUGGGAAAGUUGUACGAUUCUAAGGUUGACAAAAAAUCUACGUUUGGAAAAUAUGGAAAAUGCUGAAGAAAAACAACAAGUAGAACAAUUUUCAAAGUGGAUAGCUUCUAUUGGGGAUGGUACAGCAGGUGCAUCUAACGAAGAUUGUCCAGAGGUUGUGAUUCCAAAUGAGAUGUUGUUGUCAUCAAAUGGCGACCCAAUUGCCACUAUUGUUGAAAGUACAUUUCCCAUGUUCCAAAAUGGUUCAUGUGAUAACAGUUUUCUUGAGAGUAGGGCAAUUUUGGCACCAACAUUGGAUGUUGUGAACGCUAUUAAUGAUUACAUGAGUAGCAUGCACGAAGCUGAGAGUCGAACAUAUCUUAGUUGUGAUUCUGUAUGUAAAACGGAUAAUGGUAGUGGAGUUCUUGCAGAUGUUCACACACCUGAGUUUCUUAAUGGCCUUAAGGCAUCAGGUAUACCAAACCAUUCUUUGACAUUGAAGGUUGGUUCACCGGUGAUGUUGUUAAGAAACAUUGAUCACUCUCUCGGCUUAUGUAAUGGCACUAAACUGGUUGUAACAAGACUUUCUGAGCAUGUAAUUGAAGCUAAGAUAAUGUCAGGCAGUCAUUCUGGUACAAGGGUGUUGGUCCCUAGGUUGAGUAUGACGCCUUCAGAUCCAAGAUUGCCAUUUAAGUUUAGUAGAAGACAAUUUCCUUUGAUGCUUUCAUAUGCUAUGACCAUUAACAAGAGUCAAGGUCAAACACUAUCUCAUAUGGGUCUGUUAUUAAAGAAACUGGUGUUUGUGCAUGGUCAAUUCGGCGAAGACCUCCUAGCGGUGCGGCAGCGCGGAGGAGCUCCCAGCGGUGCGGCCUACAGCGAUGGAGGACCUCCCAGCGAACGGCUUGCAGCGACUGCUGCGGAUGAGCGACGGAGGAGGUCAGGCGUGUUGCAGCGACUCCAGGCGGUGGAUGGCGGCGGCCGUGCUUCGCGGCGAUGGGCUGUCGACGGCAGUGGAGGUGUGCGACGGCGAUGGAGUUGUGCGACGGCGGUGGAAGUGAGCGACAACAGUGGUGGUUUGCGUGGAGGCGUUGAAAUUUUGGGUAAAUAUGGUCUAAAAUUGGGGGUAUACGGCUUUAUUAAAAACCCUAUAACGUCGGUUAUUUAUAGUAAUCGACGUUGUAGGUUCGAAAAUAUAAUUUGGCGCGAUACGACGUCGGCUAAACUCCUAGCCGACGUCGUAUCUCGCCCUGGGGCUGAUUUAAUAUGUGAUACGACGUCGGCUAAUCUCCUAGCUAACGUCGUAUCGAGGUGGGACUGA